GCUUCCGCUCCUCCGUCGGGCGCUGAGGGGAAGAAGGCGGAAGGCGGGCGAGCGUUCAGCGGUGCGCGCAUGCGCCGAUCUUCAUGGAGCGCCGAGGGGCUCCGAGGGACGGAGGGCGGCCCAGGUUUUGGAUGAAGUAACUCUGAAGAAGGAGCAGGUGAAAAGAAGUCCAGGCUGAGAUUUUCUGAUGCAUAACCGACUAAAGAAAUGAAGGGCAGGCAGCAGAAAACAUCAGAGACAGAAGAGGGAACAGUUCAAAUCCAGGAAGGAGCAGUAGCGACAGGUGAAGAUCCCACCAGCGUCGCCAUUGCGAGCAUCCAGUCGGCGGCCACCUUUUCAGAUCCGAACAUCAAAUAUGUCUUCCGAGCAGAGAAUGGAGGUACUCAGCUGAUGUACCGAGUCAUACAGGUGGCCGAGGGGCAGCUGGAUGGGCAGACGGAGGGCAGUGGGGCCAUCAGCGGCUACCCUGCAACGCAGUCCAUGACCCAGGCUGUCAUCCAAGGAGCGUUCACGAGCGAAGAUGCCGUCGACUCCGAAGCCGCGGCCACCGAGACCCACUACACCUAUUACCCGGCCACCGUGGCCGACACCAGCACCUCUGCUGGAGCAGGGACGACUGCAGUGGUCACCACCCAGAACUCGGACGCCCUUCUGGGGCAAGCUACGCCCACCGGCACAGGGCAGUUUUUCGUCAUGAUGUCACCCCAGGAGGUGCUACAGAGUGGAACCCAGCGGUCGAUCGCACCCCGGACUCACCCUUAUUCCCCGAAAUCGGAAGCUCCACGGACAACGCGGGACGAGAAACGUCGGGCACAGCACAACGAAGUGGAACGCCGGCGCAGGGACAAGAUCAACAACUGGAUUGUGCAGCUGUCCAAGAUCAUUCCGGACUGUUCUAUGGAGAACACCAAAUCUGGACAGAGUAAAGGCGGGAUCCUCUCCAAAGCUUGCGACUACAUUCAGGAAUUAAGACAGAAUAACAUCCGUCUUUCUGAGGAGCUUCAGGGCCUGGACCAGCUCCAGGUGGAUAAUGGAGUCUUGCGACAACAGGUCGAGGAUCUGAAGAACAAAAACCUGAUUUUACGAGUGCAGCUCCGACAGCACGGCGUGGAGGUGAUCAUCAAGGAAUCCCACUGACCGGCCACCCACCCACCGGCAGGGAGGGCCUCGCUCAAAACACGGACCUCCCCCCCUACCACCUCUUGAGCACAGCAGAAGGCCACGAUGCCCAGCUGCACCGGUGCUUCCAAGCCUGCCUGCCUUCCUCCCUCUCUCUCUCUCUCUGGUGCCAGAUCGGAAGGCCGCGUCCCCUCCCUCGGGGCCAGGACUCGGCUCAGGACGUUCGACUUUGCCCAGUCGCCCUUCUGAGCUCACCCUUUGGCUUGGACGUUGACACAAAUGUACUCUUGGUUCGUAGGACCCUAAAACGAAUAGCCCCCCCCCCUCCAAGUUGUGUUGACCUUCUCCCAGCCCUGCCGUUUUGCUGAGCAUUGACGCCCCCCCCCUCGCGCGCUUCCUCUGACGCCCCCUUUGCAUGCACCCUCCCGUAGUUCCCUUCCAGAGUUCCCGACUCCUGGCCGUGGCACAGGGACCUCUGGGGAUCGUCCCCCCUCCCGGGGCUCUGCUCCCACCAAGCGAGGGGGUGGCGCUCUCGGCAGCCCCUCCUGCUCGCUCUCUUUAGCCCAACCUUCCUUCUCCUCCUUUGGAUGGACUCCGGGAGGGCCGACGCUCGAUGCUCCCCGUGGGUUUCCUCGUUGCCGAAAAAGUCGUGGCGUUGCUCGCGGCGCAGAGUUGCCAAGGACCGGAGUGGGUGCCGAGCGGUCGCCGUCUUCCUCUCUCGAAGUUGAUGCAUCUUAACGAUCAGGAUAGCAGUUCUCUCUUUUUUUUUCCUCUUUUUUUUAAUAUAUAUAUAUAUAUAAAAAUCCUGCGUUUUGGACAAGAACAAUAACAACAAAAAGGAACAUAAUUAAAAAGCUGCCUUGCUGGGUUGA